GAUCAUUUCAAAAUCACGCAAACAUAUCACAUCUGACAACGUGCGCUGCAUUUUAAAGGGUAUUAAGGAGAAAACCGAACGUACACCUGCCUUUUAAAUGGUCUCUUCCACUAUUCUGCAAGCCUCCCCUGAAUGAGUCAUCCAGCCAGCUCCUCAUUGGACAAGACCAUGCCAUCCCUAGGGAUUGCCUUGCAGAGGUAGAAAGGCCUUGCUUCCAUUCACAGAAACAUUGGUAUGCCAGCCUGCUAUUUCAUUCACAUAAAGACUAAAUAUUGCAUGAUUGUUUUUCUCGUCUUCUGCCCUUUUUCUCCUUUGUCUCUUCGCCUCCUCCUUUGAUUACGAGGGCCUGCCCGUUUUUCUUCCCUUGCUUGUGUGUUUGCCUUUGUUUCUGAGCAGAGAAGGCAGACGUGCUGUCUUUUUUUUCUCUUUUUUUUUUUCUUCUGUAUUUGCCAGGCAGGAAAGAGAGAUGUUGGGAGGGACUGCAGUGCGAAAUCUGCAGCAGAGAGCGGAAGCUGCUUAUGAAUGAGUGUCAGUCUUUCAGCUUGGCUAUAUGCUCCUGAGGACAUUUUUACAUGAAUGGUGUCUGGCUGUCUGCUUUCCGCUACCACGGAGACAAAGAUGCUCCGUAGCUGCUGCUGAUGCUGCUGCUGCUGCUGCUGCCGGGCUUUAUCUGUUAUCCUUUCGCUUGUUUCAUUGACUCAUCUGCCUGAGAAACAUGUCGUUUGUUCUGUGUCGUUUGAGAUGGUUUCAUUCAUGUUGUUCAACCAGCACCGACUACUGGAUAUUUUAGACAAGCUGUGAAUCUGCUUCUGCUUCCUUUUAGUGGAACUGAAUUUUCCGUUCCUUUGUUGCUGGUAGAGAUUUAGUGUCCAUGUUUGAUAAAUGGUGCCAAAGAAGCUUUAUGUCAAAAGAAAUAUUUAUUCUUCUUGCAUUAUUGGACGCAUGUUAAUGUGGUGCUGAAACAGCUAUAAUGAGACGAUUAUCGAGUUUUCUGAAACCUGAUAGCAGGAGUGAUGUCUACCUAUAUUCUCCAGCUAUUAUAAAAUUAACAUAGACGUUAUAUUAGUGAUCUUGCUAAUUCAUGCUAAGAUUUUACUUUAUUGCAUCUUUCAAUGAUUUACAGAGGUUUCUUUGUCACCUUCUAAAGAAAAUGACGUCCUUAUGAUAAACUGAAAUGUUGUUUUCAUAUUUUUUGUUAGAGAAGCUUUUCUGUCACUGUGCUUAUAGCUGUCAGUUACUUAUUUCACUUAAUUUAUUAUCAAUUCUUCGAUAAAAAAUUUUUUUGUGUGUGUUUCAUCCUGAUAUUAUAACAUCAGUUCGUAGAUCCUUUUUUAUAGGACGUAAAUUGUUGGACAUACAUAAAAUAAUGCAAAUUAUUAUAAGCGAUCAUGUAACUGUGUUAAAUAAUCCAGCUGCCUAUCAUUCUUUGUUUCCCUCUCUCUGUAAAACAAAUACCAGGGAAAGAAUUUCAUUAAAUUAAUAUCAGACAGGGGAAUUUAAAAAUUGAUUGAUUCUAGCGUGCUGUAAGUGGGAGGUUUUUUUUCCCUCUCCCUCCAACAGGAAGUGAUUUGCAGUGUUCAGCAAGCCUUUUGUUGAGAAGGUUUUUUACUCAGAUCAGUGACUCAUGCUUUAGCUCUGAGCCGGCAAGCAGGCAGGCAGGCAGCCUGGCAGGCAGGCAAGCAGCAGCAGUCAGUAGAGAGUAUUUUUCUCCUCCCUCGCAGCAUCCGUGAUCAGCAACAACAUAGAUCUUUCUCUGUUCUCCCACUUCUUGGAUUUUUUUUUUUUUUGAGGCUAGAGAUCGGCAGCGGCAGCAGCAGCAUCCCCACUGGAAACCAAACAAGCUGCAACACAACACUGGCAGAGACCUUUUUUUCCCUCCCCUCCAUCCUUUCUUCCUCUGCCUCACUGUUGUGUUUUCAUGGAUUGUGUCUGUAUAUUUCCUUUUUACGGAUCAGAUUGCAGCUCUGGAUUUUACUGACAGCAGAUUGGAGUGUGGUGACAGCAGCAGCAGCAGCAGCAGCAGCAGCAGCAGCAGCAGCAGCAGUAGCGGUCCAACACAACCGCCACUGUAACCUCAGCAGAGAAAAUUACAGUCAGGUGGCCUGUGAUUGCUAAAAGGCGUUUGCUGCCUGUACCGCUGCUGCUAUGUCACAGGAGAGGGUAAUCAGCGCGGCUCAGCCACGUCUGCCGGCACACUUGUGAGAGAGGCAGGCUGUGUGUGUCGGUUGGUGGAGAGAGGGGAGAGAGCAAGAGAGAGAAGGGUAUGCUUCACCGUACCAAAUACAACCGCUUCAGGAAUGAGUCAGUAACAUCUGUCGAUGAUCUUCUCCACGGCCUGUCCAUGAAUCCCAAGGUCUCGGCUACCCCCCAGUCUGCAGCCGAGACAUCUUACACACCCCCGACUGAGCUCCAGUCCUCCACCACCACCACCACCGCUCCCAGCACUGCCAUCGGCCACGGGUCUGACCACCUGGAAGAUGGAGGCACCCUCUGUACCCUCAUCAACAAGGUGUCCAACCUGAAAUUCAGCAACUCAGGCAGCUUGCUGGGCAUCAAGGGUCUGCCCUCGGCUGUCAAGGACCUGGCUGUAUCUAAGCUGCAGGGGGGUGGGGGAUCGGGCCCAGGCAGCUCCGGUGGCCCGAGCCCCAGUGCGGCAUCAACAGCAGCGGCGGCAGUCUCUGGCGUGGGCGGCUCUAUGUGCAGCUUGGCCUCCCAUUCGACCCCCUGCUCGCAGCCGGAGACAGCUGUCAGCAUGAGCAAGAAGAGCAGGCUGGAUGAGCUCCAGCCCGGUGGAGAGGACUGGAAUACAGGUGGAGGUGGUGGACUGGUAAGCAAACCCUCCAGAGGGUGGCUACACUCGUGCGAGAAGAUCUCCGGUCCAGGGGUGACAUACAUUGUUAAGUAUCUGGGCUGUAUAGAAGUUCUUCGGUCAAUGAGAUCGCUGGAUUUCACCACAAGGUCACAGAUAACAAGGGAAGCCAUCAGCCUGGUGUGUGAGGCUGUUCCAGGGACCAAAGGAGCUCUGCGGAAGAGAAAGCCACCGUCCAAAGCUCUGUCGAGUAUCCUGGGCAAGAGCAACCUGCAGUUCGCUGGCAUGUCCAUCAACCUGAACAUUUCCACCAGUAGCCUCAACCUGAUGACCCCCGACUGCAAACAGAUCAUUGCAAACCAUCACAUGCAGUCCAUCUCCUUCGCAUCAGGAGGAGACCCUGACACAACAGAUUAUGUUGCCUAUGUAGCAAAGGACCCAGUUAACAGAAGAGCGUGUCACAUCCUGGAGUGCGCUGACGGACUGGCCCAGGACGUCAUCAGUACCAUCGGCCAGGCCUUCGACCUUCGCUUUCAGCAGUAUCUGCAGUGUCCCUCAAGCAAGCUGUCCUCCACACACGACAGGGUAUUAAACGUGGAGGAGUUGCCAUGGACUGAAGAAGAGGAGGAGUCAGCUGAACAUCCGUACUAUAACAACAUCCCUGGAAAGAUGCCCCCACCUGGAGGCUUCAUCGAUACCCGGCUGACCAAUCAGAAUGCAGCAGCUGAUGGAUGCCAGGUGGGCCCAGGUUCGGUAGAUCAGACAUAUUACCAGGGGCGGCACUGUGGAGAAAACUGGGGAGAUGAAAGAAAGCCCAUAUUCUUACAACAGGGAUCAUUUGACAUAAGCAGUCUGCCGGAGAGUAAAGGUCAGGCACCGAAAACAGCAGAGAUGCCCAUGUACGUGAACACGCAGCAGAUUGAUGCCCAGGUACUCGCAGUCCUCCAGGCAGAGGCGGAGAAUGUGACCAAGGGCCUGUCAGCUGCAGCCAAGGACAGCCCGAGGAAGGACCUGUUUGACAUGAAGCCCUUUGAGGAUGCGAUACAUUCUCAGUCGCAUCCGCCGGGCCAGGGACAGGCCCAGUCCGUGGUGUCUGGUCUUCACAAGGCGGCAUCCAUGGAUAACUCGAGCCCUCUUCUAGUGCGUUCACUGGCCUUCCGGGCGCAGGAGGAGCUGGAGGGCAAGACAUGGUAUCACGGCAAAAUGAGCCGUCGCGACGCUGAGAAGCUACUGAGAGAAGACGGGGACUUCCUGGUCCGCAAGAGCACGACCAACCCUGGGUCCUAUGUACUGACGGGCAUGCACAAUGGACUUGCCAAACACCUGCUGCUGGUGGACCCGGAGGGCACGGUACGGACAAAAGAUCACAUAUUUGACAGCAUUAGCCACCUUAUUGGCCAUCACCGUGACAACAAUCUGCCUAUUGUGUCGGCCGGGAGUGAACUGUGUCUCCUGCAGCCUGUUGGGAGGAAACAGUGAUGCUUGUGAGGCCUGACGGUAAACAGGAAGCUCUGAACAGUCUCUCCUUCAUCCUGAAACUUGAAGAUGACACAUGAACAGAAGAUGCUUAAAGGCUCUACGCACUGCGGCGGUGUUUGUGGGAGAAGUUGUCCCGCGGUGACUACACAGGAGGCGCUGGAAGACGCAAGAUUUGUCUAAGAUGAAAAAAGUAUUUAUAGAACUGUUAUUUUGUUGUGAUGACUGAAAUGCUAUAUUUUUGAGAAGACAUAAGUGCAUUUGGACAUACUAUCUUGAUUUGGUGUUUUAAAAGAUAUAAAAAUAGACAGUUGUUCCUAUAGUUUAGAUGAAUUCAAACCUCAAAGAGGUGUUAACAAGCGUAUUUUAGAAUACAAACCUGAAAUUUUAGUUUUGCCUGUCAAGCACAACCACAUUUCUACAGGAACUGUUGGCUAAGAUGUUGGAAACAAAAUCAGUUUGGACCACAAAGGCAGUUUCUAAUGAAUUUAGGAGAAAAAUGUCCUUUGACGUCACCAAUAGCGUUUACUGCUCACUCAAUUAGUCACUAUAUGAAAUCUGCUUUCAUGGGAAUUAGAAAUGAAUGUGUUUUGCUUUGCAGUAGUGACAAAGUUUUGGGGUGUGAACAGACAUCCUUCAUAUAGUGCUGUCAAUGGCUUUAAAAGAUAAUCUUUUUUAUAAGGUAUUUUCUUGUGUCACAGUCGCAUGACUUCAAAUCAACUGUUAUUGUGGACAUUGUUCGUAGACCUUGAUGCCCCUUUGUUUGGAAGAGGUGCUUGUGUAUGCUGACACUGUAAAAUAUUUAUGCUUUUCAACUAGGGAUUAUUUGGAAUUGGUCUCCUCUGGAUUCUUCUUUUAGGUGUGUAGUCAAUCAUUUGAGUCAUUUUCAACGUCUUAAUUCACAUUUUUUGCUCUUUGUGAACUUUUAAAGGUACUUUAUGUAACAAUCAAAACAAAUAAGUUCUAGUAAUGACCUCAGUCAGCAUCCUGUUGAGGACUUGUGUGUCUAUGUGUGUGUUCGCACGCUAUUGGUUGGCACGAGGGAGGAUGCCGGCCAUCGUCCAAAAUAUUGACGUGACAAACAUUGAAAAUAAUCGAGAUAGAUGGCGUUAUGUUCCUAGAUGACAUAGCUUAAGUUACAGUUUCACCAUAAACUGUAUCAUUCUUAACUUAAUAACCAAACUCCUCUUAUUGGAUAAAACAUUGACUUGCUGUUCGCUAGCCAGCCCACUUUAUUAAUCGAUAUUUUUGUAGCUUCCACCAACAGGCUCUGCAAAGUUAUCAAGGCUAAAUAUACUGGAUGACAAUGCUAAUGGUUCCAACUAAAGGUGUUGUCAAACUUUUUAUCACAACUCUUAUUUCUCUAAAUUGACAUGCUAAUGUUUCUGUAUAUUAGAAGUUGAGAUCAAAGACUUUAAAUAAAGAUGGACGACACAUCUCCACUUUUCCAACUAUCCUGAAUUAAGCCAAACUAUCUCUGAUACAAAAGCUUCCAUCUUGCACUUUUGGUGCCAAAGUCUUGCAAAGAAAUUUUGGAAAAAUUAAUUUGUCGUUUGCUCUUGACAUUUUAGGAGCAGUCGAGGUUUAUGACCUGUACUGCAGCCAGGCACCAGGUAGCGAUCGGCAUUUUUGGCUUCAUGUUUGGAAAGCAGUGAUGUUUGUCCAUCUUUAUAAACAGUAUAAUUGAUACAAUGAUAUUCCUAAGAUAACUUCAAUCAUGAACAGAUGAUAGGACACACAACAUCGACAUAGAAACUGCAAGAUAAUAGGUUCCAAUAUGUUUGUCUUGUGCUGGGAGCAAGUCAUUAAUUAGUGUUAUGGGACUCCAUUUCUAAGCUAGCGUUAGCUAGUUUUUCACUCUGUUGGUCCUUUGGAUUUUCCCAAAUGUGUCCAGAGUCUUUUACAUGGAACACCAGUCCACAGGCCGUUAGAAGCAACCAUGAUAACAAUUAGUACAUAUUAGUGCUUCACAUUCUCACAUAUAGUACCUUUAAAAUAUUGUUAUUAUUUGAAUAAUCACAAAUGAAUAGCACAAUCAGAAAAAAUCAGUUAGAUCAUCUGUGUCAGUAGUAUCAAACAAAUCACCCACGUGUUUAGAUGUAAUUUCCACUUUACUAAUUAGAAAAAUGUUGAUUACACACAGAAUGCUCAAUAUUACUCAUGACAGACAUUAAUGUCGAUAUCUUAGGGCAGUGUUGCCUCAUGCCACUAGAUGUCAUCACAGAAACACUUGUGAAACACCAGUCAGUCACACUCACUUCAGGUCCCUUAUACGUAUCACCUAGUAGAAGAGGAUGCUAUUAUGUAUUGCUUGGUGAAAUCCGACUCCACCUGUAUAGAGGACAGCUCACAGUUAACUUGCAUUUUGAAGUCCACUAUACACAAUCUUUCCUCAGAACAGUUUAUGGUAUUUAGGUUACAGACGUUUUUGUAGAGUUGGAAUCAAAAAUCUGAAGAAAAAAAGGCUUAUAGAAAUAAUACACUCAUCCUUAUAGUAUUAUCAGUACUCUGAUGGCUACCAAAUGAAUGGGGCAUUGUAUUUGAUAUGCACUGGACCACUUCAAUUGAACCAAAAUCAGCAUGUGUUCAAUGGGUUUGACAAGACAGAUGCAAUGUAAUAUAACGUGCCUGUAUUUUGCUGCAAGAGGGAGUGUACAGUACAUGCAUCGAUGACAAACACAUAUUAAGCGUUGGGUAUUGUAUUGGGAUAAUUCGAAAAAAAUCACAUAUUUUUCUGAGGGAGAGGGACGCAAAGAACGAUUACGUUUUUUUAGUUGUUGUUUUUUUCAGUUACCUGCCAUCAUCUUUUAAUUUGUCUGAUUCUUUGUGACAGGAUGUCAUCAAUUCUAAUAUCGCGGGAGAUGGAAUCACGCGCACUAUUCUAAUAUAAUGCAUUAUUUUCGGGAUCUGUGACUGGAAAGUGAAUUUGUGGAAUCAUCUCGGUAAAAUGUGCAAUGUUUGGAACAAAGUGUGUAAAACAGCAGGAACAACUUUCAUACUUGAAUCUCUCGAUUAGCUCCGCGGUGUCAACAAAUGAUGGAACCAACCCGACACGCUGGGACACAUAUAAGAACAUGGCUUCUUUCCAGAUUUCUGUUGAUGAAAAUGUGCCUUUUAUUUGUAUAAAAUUUUGUUUUUAUUUUCUCCUUCUCUCUCUCUCUCUAUUUCUCUCUCUCUCUCUCUCUCUCUCUCUCUCUCUCUCUGUUCAAAGUGCAAUAGCUGAUCUUCAAUGGGGCAUGCCUAUUCACUAGAGGUCGUGUUUUGCCCUGCUGAGUGUUGCUGCUUGAGACUAAUGUUCCCUCUCUCUCUCUCUUUCUCUCCCUAUUAUAUAUUAUAAAU